AUGUUUAUAUAUCAUCAAGUACUGACUCAUGAACUUCAUAACAUGAAUUUUUCUUAGAAAAUAUAUAGUGUAAUUCAAUAUGUCAUUUAUUGUUUGCCGGCUAGCUAACAAAUAAUUAAACUUUGUCGUCCAAGUAUCGAUAAAAAUAACAACAAUGACUUUUUAUUAUUCUUCAUUUUUAAAAAUUAAUUGUUGUUAAAUAUUUAUAUAACUAAAAAUCAAUUAUGGAGAUAAUUCAAGAGAAAAAAAAUAACGAACUGGAUGAAAAGACAGGGGAGAAUGACGUUUUAAUUUAUCCGCACCAACCCUCUAUGACAAUUUAUAUUUUGUUGAUAACCAUCGUGUCGGCUAUCGUGGUUGCGGUUUCUGUACGACUGGUUUACAAAGACAGUUAUUUAAAAGCUUUUAUUGACAACCUAACAACUUUCGUUGUUUGUUUCCUUAUACUGACAUUAGGAUCAAUAAUACUUCGGGUGAUAAGUUUCUGUGCAGAGUUAGAGUAUUUGAAAAAUCAUUAUGACAAUCAAGUACACAAAAUUUUUACGUCUACAUUUGAAUUUAAUGUAAUAUCCAUAGUAUUUAUUGUCGUUUGCAGCAUUUAUAUGAUUAUGUUUGCUGUAAGAAAAGGUGAUAUAUUGAGUUACACCCGUGCCUUUGAUUCUACAUCAAAUAUUUUAAUUUUUUUACUAUCAAUUAUUGCGAGCCAAAGUAUUGGCUUGUUUCGUUAUAAAUCUAACUCUACUUACACAUUCAAUACAUUGGAUGGUGUCGAUUAUGGGACAGGAAUGGCAUACAGUUAUUACUAUGGUUAUUUAAGAAUAAUUCUUCCUUCAGAUGGUGUCAAUAAUCCAGGACUUCGUGCAAAGAUGGAAGACUAUGAAUCAAAUCAAAGUACAUCGGAAGUUAAGAUAACGAUACCUGUAAAAAAACUUUUUAUUUUGAUACCCGAGUCAGGACACAUUCCUCCAGAUCUUAGAGACGCGUCCAAUAAUUGGUUGGAGAGUACGACUAAUCUGGAAAAUGAAAUCCGGGAUCGGGCCGGAACUAAAAGACGAACAUAUCACAAUACUGUAUAUAAAAUUCACCCUGGAGGUGAAGGACAAAAACGUAGGCCUGUUUAUAUUGUUGUUGAAGGUGCGACGCCAAUGUUGACGUUUUAUGAGAUACUGCAACACUCUCAUAGACAUUCUGAUACGUAUAAAAAUAAUCGGGUUCAAAUAAUUGCUGCCUUUUAUAAAACUCUUCAGAAUAUUUUAAAUGACAAUGCGGAAUGUCGUGAUACCUGUGAAUUAGUUUAUUAUAAAGAUUAUGAUAAUAAUGGCACGAGAGUUAACAUUGGAGAAAUUUUACUCGAUAGAAUUCGAAAAGAUGCUCCACAUUGUUGUUAAAUAAUUAAAAUUAAGUAAUAAAACAGGGUAAAUUUGAAAUUACGAGACUUCCCAACCCAGUGAAAAAAAUAUUCUUUUACGGGUAUAAAUAAUUAAUCUGUUAAUUAUUAACAGCAAAUAAUUGCAAUGCAUUGAAUUUAUUUAUACGAGCUGUAAUAAUAUUUUUGUAUUAGGGGAUAACAAGUCCAGGGCAAAGUGAAGUAAAACUUGUAUUGACAUUCCGAUCUUUGUUCAAUGAGAAAUAUCCCUGAUUAAGAAAAGUGAUUUGAUUUUUUAAAAAUUUGAAUAUUUUUAAAUCUUUCCGAACUCGCAAUAAAAAUUACAAAGUGUUUGAAGCGAUUUAAAAAAUUUUUUAGAGAUUGAAAGCUGUACGUAAGUACCCAAGUAACACAGGGACAACUUAAAGAUGCCUUUUAAAAAGAUGUCAAUUUUUUUUUGGUCUCAAAGCCAAGUUUUUUUAUGUAAAUAAGACAUACAGAUGUUAGUCCUGGUCAUAGGAAAUUUGGGUUUUUUUUUUCCGUCUCAAAAAAGUCAUUUCAAUUAAAAAAUCUUUGAGUUGACUUAUUUGACAUCUAUUUGUAAUUUAAUUUUUGACGUCACUUGUGUUAAGUUUUUUAACCAGAUAUUUUUUGGUGACAUAAAUUUCUGAUCGUUUUGUCAACAUUUUGGUGUCAACGAUAAUUUAAAAAACAGCCUCAAAAUUUUUAUCUUAUAGAUGUCAAAGCCAAGUGUGCUACUUGGGUAUUCAAAAAAAUUGAUUACCCAAGUAGCACAGAGUCAACUUUAAGAUGUCUUUUAAAAGGACGACAAAUUUUUUUUUGUCUCAAAGUCAUCUUUUUUGGUAUGAAUACGAUAUGCAAAUGUUGGUUCCGGAGACAGAGACGAGUUGUAUUGUUUUUCCUGUCUUAUGUC